AUGAAAUCGAACGACCCAUCAGGAUAUUAUAAAUUACUAGGCGUUUCACCAGACGCAGAUGAUGAAACCAUUAAAAAACAAUACAGAAAACUGGCCAUGAAAUACCAUCCAGAUAAGAAUCCGCAUAACAAGGAAAAAUCGGCAGAAAUGUUCAAGAAAAUAUCUCAAGCAUAUGAAGUGUUGUCAGAUAAGAAGAAGAGACGAAAUUAUGAUAAUAACAUAAACUUCGAAUUCGACAAUAACUACGCCAAUAAUUUCAACUUCGACGACGCCCAAAGAAUUUUUCAAAUGGUUUUCGGCAACAAUUUUGGAUUUGGAUUUGAUAGUGAUCCGUUUGGCUCACAAAUGUUUUCUAGAUCAUUUGGAUCCAAUGAUUUAUUUCAAGACGAUUUUUUUAAUGGAUUCUCAUCAUCUUUUACGACGAGUGGAUUUUCAAACUCAAGGUUCAGUAGUUCAGGGUUCAGUAACGGAGGAGGAUUCACCAGCACAAGCACUAGUACAACCACAAGAGUGGUUAACAAUAAAAUAAUUACUAAAACUGAAAUAACUCGACAAAACGCUGAUGGAACUGUAUAUAAAAAGGUCAUUGAGAAGGAAGAUGACGGCAGAGGAAAUGUAACAACCAGAGAGUAUAUUAACGACAGCGGCUCCUCUGGGACUAAAAAAUUAGAGUCCAAAAGAAGAUACUAA